AUAAUACACCACAUAUUAUAGACUGUAUCUCCUAUCAUCCUAUUAUGCAAAGUGAACUGGAUAAUCCAGCCAAUGGAAUGAAGGCAUUGAAACAUUUAAAACAAACCUCAUCCUUGCUUAACACUAUGAAAGAUUUACACUUGUUGCAGUCUCAGACAAAUUAUGUAGAAUUUGGUGCUGGGAAAGGUCAGCUUUCACAUUGGAUUAAAACCACACUGAAUGACAGUACUGAUAAUCUAUUCUUAUUGGUUGAUAGAGGGACCAAUAGAUACAAGUUUGACAGUAAAUCAUCAGAAGAUGGAACCCACUUUGAGAGACUUCGUAUUGAUAUUGAACACUUGGACCUGGACAAAGUGCCAUCACUGAAAGAUAAUAGACGUUCUAUUGUAGCUGUUAGUAAACAUUUAUGUGGUGCGGCUACUGACUUAUCUCUAAGAUGUCUCAUGAAGAUUGUUACAAGUAACACGUCAACUGAAAAACAAGAAGUCCGAACAACUCCAUAUGUCAACAGUCAUGAGAUAAAUUUGUCCCAAAAAAAUGAAAGUGCUCCAGCGGAGAUUCAGGAACUUCCUACAGAUGUGUUUACAGGAAAGAAACUUUCCCAUACAAAUCUACCAACGGGUAACCAAGGUUAUAACGAUCGGACAAGCAAGGUAUCUUCAGAUAACAAAGAUGUAUGUGCCAGCAUGUCUCAUGAGUACCAUGACAUUCAGACAAGUGCUUCAACGGAACCAAUAGACAAUGAACUUUUGAACACAGAAGGAAAUCCAAGUCGAUUAAAUGGAAUUGUUAUUGCUCUCUGCUGCCAUCACAAAUGUCUCUGGCGUAAUUAUGUUGGGAAAGAUUUUUUCAAGUGUCAAGGUCUCACUACAAAAGAUUUUAAUGUAAUAUCUCUUUUAACGAGUUGGGCAACUUGUGCAAUUAAAAAACAACAAUUGAAUAGUGUAGAAGACCCUGUUCUUCAUUCAAACUCAUCUGAUUCAAAAGUUCUUGAUACUUCACAAGCAGAAAAUGUACCAGAAGAUAAUCCGCAUGUCACUCAGUCGAAAUGUGAACGUUGUAAAUCUACAAAUCUGUCUACCCGCUCUUGUGAACGUAAUAGCGAAGAUGUUACUGGAACUUCCCAGAAUGCUUUUGACAAGGAUAAAGAAGGGGAGUAUUGGGAAAUCGAUGAAAGAGAACAAAUUGGAAAAAUGUGCAAAAGAUUAAUUGAUAUUGGUAGAAUAAAGUAUUUACAAAGUCAUGGUUUCAAUGUGCAGCUUGGGCAUUAUGUUACACCCAGUGUCUCAUUAGAAAAUGUUGUUCUUAUGGCUUCGCCAAAAUGA